GAGAGAGAAAACUUGCUGUAAAUUUAUUUGCAGAAAGAAAAAGCCAGAUUUCCAAAAAGCGAAAUCCAAAUCAAACUUCUUUUUUUAAUAAUCAUUUUGUAUACCCAGAAAAAAAGUACCUCAAAAAUCAAAAACCCAUUAAAAUUCUCAGCCGACCAACAAAAACCACAAAAACAAUUUUUUAUUCCAUUAUUUCUUUCUUUUUCUGGGUUUUUUUAGAUUACAUUUCUUUAUUUUUUUGUGUAUACCUUUGCUCUUUGCCUACGCAAUCUUCUUACAAUUAUUUCUUAAAGAAGAAAACCCAGUUUCAUAAUCUAGAGAAAAAGAGUCAAACUUUAAAACCCAACAAGAUUUUUGCUGGGAAUCAAAUCUGCAAGAAUACAGAUUGUGUUUAUAUUGGAAAUAAUUACUGUUAUUGAGAUUGUUGUUGCUGUUUUGGUGAGAUUUCAAUCUGUUUCCCCAUCAAUUUGACUGAUUGGGGAAGAAAGAAAGGAUUGUAAAAAUGUCUGGUUAUGCUGGUGUUGUUGUUUCUGACCCUUUACUUCAUGGUCAGUUUACUCAGGUUGAACUUCGAAGCCUGAAAUCCAAAUAUACUUCGGUGAAGAAUCAUAGUGGUAAAGUCACCAUUGGAGAUUUGCCUUCAGUGAUGGCAAAGUUGAAAGCUUUUAGUCAGUCAUUUAAAGAGGAUGAUAUUAAGGGGAUUUUGACUGAGUCUGCUUCUGAUAUGGAUCAAGAGAUCGAUUUCGAGGACUUUUUGAAGGUUCAUCUAAGCUUUCAAGCUAGAGCGUCAGCUCAGCUCGGUGGUUCAAAGGAUUCGUCGGCCUUUCUCAAGGCUUCAACUACUACCCUUCUUCAUACAAUUAGUCAAUCUGAGAAGGGAUGUUAUGUUCAUCACAUUAAUACAUAUCUUGGAGAUGACCCUUUCCUGAUGCAGUUUCUUCCUAUUGAUCCUAAUAGUGAUGAUCUUUUCAAUCUUGCAAAAGAUGGAGUUCUUCUCUGUAAGCUUAUAAAUGUUGCUGUUCCUGGCACAAUAGAUGAAAGAGCAAUAAACACCAAAAGGGUACUUAAUCCAUGGGAGAGAAAUGAGAAUCAUACUCUGUGUCUUAACUCUGCAAAAGCCAUUGGAUGCACUGUGGUUAACAUCGGACCCCAUGACUUGGUUGAAGGCAGGCCACAUUUGGUGCUUGGCUUAAUAUCUCAAAUCAUCAAGAUUCAACUCUUAGCAGAUCUCAACCUUAGGAAGACACCGCAACUAGUGGAAUUGGCUGAUGAUGCUGAUGACAUUGAAGAACUCAUGGGUUUAUCCCCUGAAAAAGUCUUGUUGAAAUGGAUGAAUUUCCAUCUCCAGAGAGCCGGUUACGAGAAAACUAUUACAAACUUUUCAUCAGAUUUAAAGGAUGCGAAGGCAUAUACUUACCUGCUCAAUGUUCUUGCACCAGAACAUUGUGAUCCAGCCACCUUAGAUACAAAGGAUCCUACUGAGAGGGCGAAUUUGGUACUUGACCAUGCAGAAAGAAUGGGCUGCAAGAGAUACUUAGAUUCUAAGGACGUUGUUGAAGGCUCGUCAAAUCUAAAUCUCGCAUUUAUAGCUCAAGUGUUCAAGAUGAGGAAUGGCUUGUCCCUAGAUGGCAAGAAGGUCUCGUUUGCAGAGAUGAUGACAGAUGAUAUACAGACAUCUAGGGAAGGAAGGUGCUUCAGAUUUUGGAUGAAUAGUCUUGGUAUUGCCACCUAUGUUAACAAUGUGUUCGAGGAUGUUAGAAAUGGAUGGGUACUCCUCGAAGUUUUGGACAAGAUAUCUCCAGGAUCAGUCAACUGGAAGCAGGCAACAAAGCCUCCUAUUAAAAUGCCUUUCAGAAAAGUGGAGAAUUGCAAUCAAGUGGUUAAAGUUGGGAAGCAAUUGAAGUUUUCCCUUGUGAAUGUGGCUGGAAAUGAUAUUGUUCAAGGAAACAAAAAGCUUAUACUCGCGCUCCUAUGGCAGCUAAUGAGGUGCAACAUGCUUCAAUUAUUGAAGAACCUGAGAUCUUUCUCCCAUGGGAAGGAAAUCUCUGAUGCAGACAUCCUUAGUUGGGCAAAUUAUAAGGUGAAAAGUUCCGGCAGAAAGUCUCGAAUUCAAAGUUUCAAGGACAAGAGCCUGUGCAAUGGUUUAUUCUUUCUUGAACUUCUAAGCGCGGUGGAGCCUAGGGUUGUCAAUUGGAAUCUCGUCACCAAGGGUGAAAAUGAUGACGAGAAAAGGUUGAAUGCUAUCUACAUUAUCAGUGUUGCAAGAAAGCUUGGAUGCUCGGUCUUUUUAUUGCCCGAGGACAUUAUGGAGGUAAACCACAAGAUGAUCCUAACCCUGAUGGCUAGCAUCAUGUACUGGUGCUUACAGCAGGAAGAUCUAGAAUCUUCCCCAUCCCACUCAGAAUCCGCCACCGUCACAGACAUAUCCUCAGCUGCUCCUUCAGUUCAAAGCGAGGACGAGAGCUCCAUCUGCGGAGAAAUCUCCUCAUUAAACAUCGAUGAUGCAGCAUCGGACUCAACUGUUUCUUCAGUGAUCGACAACAUUGAAGACGAUGAUCAAUGAAGGUAGGGUUGUUUUUUUGAAGGGUACUCUAGAGCUGCACUUCUUGUGCAGGAGUGAAAAGAGAAAAAUUUCUACGAAUAUAAGAGUUAUUGUACAGAGAGCAAAUGUUUAUAUAGAAAGUUAUGGAAAGUGUUAUUUUGUAUUUCCAUGGCACUCUUUUUGGUUUAUGUCUUGACUAAUGGAAAGAUGUUUAUUUGUACAACAA